GUGAUAUGCUGCAUCCGCUUCACGUGACCGUGCUGACAGGAAAACAUGGCGGACGUCGAGGCGACGAAGUCUUUGAGCGGGCUUCUGAACGGAAUCGCUCAGAUCGUAUAUUACGCCAACAGCGACAUCACAGAGGAGCUGCUGAAGGACGAGCUGUACCCCGAGCUGUCGCGGGAGGAGUUCACGGCCCUGCGGGACAGGAUGACAGGCCUCCUGAAGUCUAUCGCCACAGCAGACAUGGACCACGCCCAGCUGGAGGCCUUCCUCACAGCCCAGACCAGGAGGCAGGGCGGCGGUGGGGUGACCGCCGAACAGGCCGCCGCCCUCUCUCGCUUCUGGAAGAGCCAGAGAGCGCGAGUGCGGGAGAGCUUGUUGGCUCAGAGCCGCUGGCAGCCCGGCCUCAGGGGCCUCUCCUGGAGGGUGGACCUCCAGACUGCAGCCAGCCGGGGUGACGCAGCCCACAGCGGCCCCGUUGCACUGGUGGAGUUGGAGCUGGGCCGAGCCGGACAGGACUCGGAGUUUGUGUGUCUGGAGUUUGACGAAGCCAAAGUCAGCCAGGUGCUGAAGAAGAUGGCUGACGUCCAGCAGAGCAUCGACAGCAUCGUCCACCGCACGUGAAACCUUUUGUCGUCAGGCAGCAGAGAAGCGGUGAGGUGUGACUGUCGCCUGACCGGCUUCAGCCGUCCGGUUGCUGCUCUGUUGAACCCGUUUCAUCAGACGUUCAGACUGGAUCCGACCCGCCUACAGACGCUGAUGGGACAUUCUGUAUACAACAUACCAUCACCGCACACAUACGUUUGCACACGGUCAUGUAUGAUUUUUAACCUGCCGUAACAAAGUUGUUAACGAAAAGUGUUUUACUGUUUGCGUGAGGGUGAUCCCUCUGCAGUCCUCUGAUAGGGUGAAGGCUCCUCUCUGAGCACAGCAGCUCCGCCCUCUUUGGAGACACAGAAGGUCAAGAUCACAGGAAUCUAAAGGUGUGUUCAGACUCAACCUAAAGUGGAUGUUUAAGAUGGAGCGAUUGCACACAGGGUCCAUACGAAGAGGCAGGAUGCUAAAUUUUAACGAAUAUUUAAUUCAAUCGAACUUUAUUCACCUUCAGAUGAAAUUUUACACAGCAGCUCGACAAACACCUGCAAAAGUCAAGAAUUACUGGUAGAAAUAAAUACAUGUAAAGUAUUUUUCAUGUCAAAAGGUUGUACAGUGUUUACAACAAGGAGGAGACAAUGUGCAAUACCUACUACAUGAUCAUUAGGUCAAUUUUAAUUUGACCAAAUACACGUGAAAUUACAUGACAUUCCCGUCAGCCUCAGCUGCACAUCAAGCUAAGUGCUAAUUAGCAAGCUAACUUUUAAAUCUAUAAUGGUGAGCUUGAGCUUUGACUCUUAGCAUCAUUGUUUUGACUGUGUUGAUAUGCUAACACGACGACACACCUCCAGAUGGUGAUGAAACUGCGUAAAACAUCAGAAUGAGAUAAUCUGCUAAUCUUGUUCGACAUAAACUCGACUGACAGCAGCACAGAGGCAACAUAUUGAACAUUCUGCUUAUCCUGAGUUUGAUGCCAGCAACACGUGACACGUGACAACAACACACUGGGAAGGUCUGGAACAUUGGGCAGGUAAACCGCUUCAUGGAUAACAGGUGAUGUGAUUGUGAUUGGGUAUGAGAGGGGCAUCCUUGAAACCCUGAGUCGCUGGCGAGCAGGUUCACCGCGUUCAGAAACACCAAGGUGAGAUAAGCAGUUGGCUGAUAGUGUAGCUCACAAAGUCCAGUCCACACUCAUAAACGGUGGCCUCUUACUGAUACGAGCAGACCGUUGAGAAGAGUUUCGAGUGACUAUCUAAAGAGUGUCCACGCCUCUCCAGUGGGUUACUUUGCCUUAUCUCUAAGCUAAUAAUACGAUAAAACCAAGCUUCGUUGUUUUUUCAGCUUAUUUCCUGUGUCUGUGUUCAGAGAGGAGGCUGCCUUACUUCAGAGGUGGAUGACAUCUCACAAAGUCUCAAAUCGAGUCGAUAAACCAUAUAAAACUUGUUCAGGUCGCGAUUCUGCUGUUGAGCUGCAGUUUUGCGUUACUGUAAUCUGAUGAACUGUAGAUAAAAUGUUCUUAUACGGAGUUUUGUGCCAAUAGAGAUUAAAAGCAAAAGAGAAAUUUAA